CGGAUUUUACUGAACGUUACCUCUUUCUCUGGACUUGCCUUUACCAACUCAGACCAGGGAAGGUACAGGGAAAAGCUGUUCUGUUUGAAAAUUUCGACACUCCCUGUGACUCAGAUGUCGGCAAUAUCCCCUCAGUUUACAAUUCUACACAAUGGAAAGUGUUUACUUCGGGCUGAACUGAAUACUUGCAAUGCACAGCAGAUAGUAUAACCUGCUGGGAGCUGACACCAACAGAUGAAGGUACACCAUGAAUUGGGCACUCUUUCAAGGUCUCCUCAGUGGUGUGAGCAAUUACUCUACUGCCUUUGGCCGCAUAUGGCUUUCCAUUGUAUUUAUCUUCAGGCUUAUGGUCUAUGUGGUCGCAGCUGAAAGGGUUUGGGGUGAUGAACAGGGAGAGUUCGACUGCAACACUAAACAACCAGGAUGUACCAAUGUCUGCUAUGAUUAUUAUUUCCCUGUCUCCCAUAUACGACUUUGGGCUCUCCAGCUCAUCAUGGUCACCUGUCCAUCCCUUCUUGUCAUAAUGCAUGUUGCUUACCGAGAGGACCGCGAGAGAAAGCACAGAGAGAAACUGGGAGAAAAUAGUGGCCGACUUUAUUUAGACGUAGGAAAGAAGAGAGGAGGCCUAUGGUGGACUUAUCUACUAAGCCUUCUAGCUAAAGCAGCAGUAGAUUCAGUUUUCCUCUAUGUCUUUUAUCGGAUCUACCAUAACUAUUCUCUUCCCAAUCUGGUUAAAUGCUCCAUAAAGCCAUGUCCAAACAUCGUUGACUGUUUUAUAUCAAGGCCCACAGAAAAAAACAUAUUCACUCUAUUUAUGGUUGCCACUACAAUACUCUGCAUUUUUUUAAAUCUUUGUGAGAUGGUGUAUCUGAUUGGCAAGCGGUGUCAAGAGUGCCUGGGACACAGGAACAAGAAAUCCAGAACACGCAACAAUGUCUUUGCAUACAUUGAGAAGCAAGAGAUUUUCCAUGCCAACAACAAGUUGAAUGAAGAAAUGGCUCAAUUACAUCCAUGCAUUCGUUUGACACCACCAGAGACUGAAUUAAAAUAAGGGAAACGUGUAUUCCAGCAUUACUUUUGUGGAGUGAGGUUACAGAAUCAGAAAUGUAAAGGAUCCUUCUUUCUUUUUAUGCUAAGCGUCUUUUAAAGAGCAAAUGAAUUAUGGCUUUACUCUAAAAUGCUCUGUCGGAGAGGAUGGCGAUAUACAAAUAGCAAUAAUAAUAGGGCAAAACCUGGUAUAAAACAGAAUAUAAUUGUACAGUAUCUGUUCCCAAUAUAACAAGGUCAAAAAUUUUCCAAAAGAAAGAGCUAGAAUAAACCUCCUUCUGUAAGACACCCGAGAAGCAUCCAUUCAAGAAUGUGUCUAGUAUGUAUAUAGAUGAAUAGGCAGUUUAUCACAGAUAUUUAAGGAAUAUAUGCCUGAAUUUUUAAUCAGUGCCAUAGGCAAUAUUUUUAUAUUUCUGUUUCAAAAGUGUUUCAUUUUGAAGUGCUACAUUUGUAAAGUACAGUUUAGAGACACUUCAGUUGUCAGCCAGUGACAUCACAAAGGUCCCAGGGUCCUUACACAUGAUUUUAUGAUACCUUUAAAGUUUAAAGGUUGCAGUCAUAAAAUAAAUAUCUGCAAUUGCACAACAGUUGCUGAUCUUUGACAUAUCUUAAUGGUUGACAAUACAACUGUAGAUUAUACAGCGCUGAUCCACUGUUUCAAUCCAGGGAAAUGUAUAGCUCUGCAACAUUCUUAAACACUUGCCUUUCUGCAUUACCAGAGCUGUAAAUACAUCAAUAAGCUAGGCUGCACGUUUUGCAAAAAUGAUAUACAAAGUGAAUUGAUUAUUAUUAGGGAUGCACCGAAUCCACUAUUUUGGAUUCGGCCGAACCCCUGAAUCCUUCACAAAGGAUUCGGCCGAAUACCGAACCAAAUCCGGACC